UUCAAUCGACAUACUAGGUACCAAACCAACUUAUCUUCUAUUUACUCAAUCGUGGAAUAUUCUUCAACAAAGCAUAGCCUACUCUUAACGGACACGAAAAUGGAGUCGAAUCAACCACCAUCCGUUCUUCCAUCGAAAAUUAUGAUCCCCGAGAUACUCUUCAUUAUAUGCUCAUUCCUCGAGAUAGAAGAUCUAAUUAGAGCCCGUUUAUCUUGUAAAGCUCUCGCUGACAUUGGUGCUUGUUACGCAUUUCGUGAAAUCGUCUUCUGUCUUCAUCCAGAUGACCUCGAUAUGCUUCGAUAUAUUUCGCUGCAUAGUAUCGCAUCAAGAAAUGUCCACUCUCUAGUUUACAUCGGGCAUACAAUAGGACAACCUCAAAAAACAUUCAACGAAUUUCGCAAUUAUUAUGCUACCAACCGAACCGGACCGGCCGAAGCACGUCUAGAUAUUGAUCAGCUCCGACGACGUUACGAAAAAUAUAAACGUAUUGCGGCGGAAGAGGAUAAAAUGCUUCGCCAACGCCAAGAUUUCGCAAUAUUAAGAGAAGCUAUUCCUCGUUUCGUCUGCCUCCGCGAAGUUACUAUGUCGACGGAUUUUUGGUUCUAGGAAAACAACAAGAAAAAUCCAUACGAGGACUGUCUCGUCAAGCCUACCGAUCAAUUACAACCUACUGGAACCCGACAGCUUAAAUCUCUCCUCAGCGCCCUCUCGUGGGGUAAGACUAACCUGAAGAAGUUGACUGCCGGCACGGUUUCAUG